UCGGUUUUCUAUCCCAUGACUCCUAUGGUGGUCCUUUAAACCGCAGGAGUAUUAUGGUUUGAAUAGGUAACGAAUAAUGCAUGGUUGGAGGAAGGCGAUAUCAUAUACACACCCGAGUCUUCACCUCUCCCACCCCAACAUUCAAUCAUUCGUGUGGAACAACCUCAUUCGAGCCAGCUUCAGAAGCAGAGUUGCAAAUUCAGCCUUUCCUCCACCACUCUCACUCUACCUUCGCAUGCGCCUGCAUGCCGUGCUCCCUGAUCUUCACACCUUUCCAUUCCUUCUCCAAUCCAUCAACAACCCUACUCAAGGACGCCAACUUCACGCUCAAAUCUUCCUUCUUGGCCUUGCUGACAACCCUUUUGUUCAAACCUCCCUUAUCAAUGUGUAUUCUUCCUGUGCCACCCUUACCUUCGCCCGCCAAGUGUUCGACGAAAUUACGCAACCCGACCUACCCUCGUGGAACGCCAUAAUCAACGCCAGUGCGAAAGCCGGAAUGAUUCACAUUGCGCGGAAAAUGUUCGAUCAGAUGCCUGAGAGGAACGUCAUUUCGUGGAGCUGCAUGAUUCACGGUUACGUAACCUGUGGCGAGUACAAGACGGCGCUUUCUCUGUUUCGUAGGCUCCACACGUUGGAAGGAAGUAAACUCAGACCCAAUGAGUUCACCUUGUCAUCAGUGCUCUCAGCUUGUGCGAGGUUAGGUGCCUUUCAGCAUGGGAAUUGGCUUCAUGCUUACGUUUACGUAAGUGGGAUGAAAAUCGGUGGUGUGAUCGGGACGUCUUUGAUAGACAUGUAUGCCAAAUGUGGAAGCAUUGGAAGGGCGAAAUGCAUAUUUGAUCAAAUGGGUCGUGAAAAGGAUGUAAUGGCUUGGAGUGCCAUGAUUGCUGCUUUUGCCAUGAACGGACUCUCGGAGGAAUGCCUUGAACUGUUUGCAAGGAUGGUAAAUGAUGGAGUGAGGCCAAAUGCUGUGACGUUUGUGGGUGUUCUUUGUGCUUGUGUGCAUGGAGGAUUGGUUAAUGAAGGAGAGAAAUAUUUCAAGAGGAUGUUGAAUCAGUAUUGUGUUAGUUCUACGAUUCAACAUUAUGGUUGCAUGGUGGAUUUAUACAGCAAAGCUGGUCGUUUUGAAGAUGCUUGGAAUGUAGUGAAAUCAAUGCCUAUGAAACCGGAUGAGAUGAUAUGGGGAGCUAUGCUCAGUGGGGCUAGCAUGCAUGGGGACAUUAAAACUUGUGAGGUAUCGAUAACGAAGCUUCUUGAGUUGGACCCCACAAAUAGUAGUGCCUAUGUGCUUCUUUCUAACGUGUAUGUCAAGCUUGAACGGAGGAAGGAAGCGCGGCAUUUAAGAGAGCUUAUGGAGGUUAGGGGUAUCAAAAAAGUUCCAGGGUGUAGUUUGGUUGAGAUAGAUGGCGUUUUUCGUGAGUUUUUUGCGGGGGAUAAUUCUCAUCCAGAAAUGCAAGAAAUAAAUAGAAUGCUUGAUGAGAUCAUGAAGAGGGUGGAAAAGUAUGGUUAUGCACAUAAUACUGGGGAAGUAUUGCUUGAUUUGGAUGAGGAAAGCUAGGCCAUUGAGGCCACCAUCUCAUUAGAUCCUGUUUUUCUUAACUUUCUAGUGUGAUACAAUGCUUAUAUAUAUUUAAAUAAAAUUAUAGUAAUUGGUAUAGUAUUUUCUAA